CCACUUGAAUCUCCUCAAUUGUGGCGAUGACGUGGUUUUGGCUAGCUUAUUCCCGCAUGAGCUAUGCUGUUACCUGACUUGAGGGGCUGUCCCGACGGAGCAAUAUCGUUGUCCGAGUCCUAUACGAGGUUGACCCAACUAUGGAUACAGAAGGAGUUGGAAUCCUUGUUACCUUGGCUUUUGAUCUUAUAAACCGGUCAUUCCUCUCCCCGAUACACUAUUGAAAAUCAGCACUGAAAAACAUGGCGUCGUCAGUUAACAAGUCUACGACUACCACCCAUUAUAAUGACUGGCCGAACGCACAGGGUUUUGAUGUCCGCUACCAAGAGCUUGAGCCGACAGAGUUACCGGUCCAGGGCACUAUUCCGCCCUACUGCGCCGGCGUGCUCUUUCGCAACGGGUUAGGCCCUCGCGAUAUCCAGACGGAGAAACAAACCACUUAUCGUGUGAGCCACUGGUUCGACUAUUUUGCCCAGGUCCAUCGUUUUCAGAUUCAUGCUCCUACAUCGGAACAGCCCUGGGUUCGCGUCACACACAACUCCCGACUAACCUGCGACGGCCUCAUCCGAAGGAUACAGCGAACAGGGUAUCGUGGAGAGAUUACCUUUGGAGCCAAGUAUGAUCCGUGUAUGUCGCUCUUCCAGAAGGCGCAAUCGACUUUUAAGACUAUUCCACAAGGAGUUCCCGACGAGGUCGACAUCAGCGUCACUCUGAACGUUAAUUUUCCCGGGUUGUCAGCUACAGGCAGCAAGCAGGAGAAGAUGGCUGGGCCAGGCAUCGAGACACUUUGUAACCGCACCGAUAACUCUACUUUCCAGAUGCUCGAUCCUCAAACCCUGGAACCAAUUGGUAUUGCGGACCAAACAGUCUUGCAUCCCUCGCUCCGGGGACCCCUUAGCGCGGCCCAUUGCAAGACGGACCUGACCACCGGUGAUGUCUACAACUACAACUUAGACAUGGGUCUAACAAGCACCUAUCGUAUCUUCCACGUUUCUCGCGCAACAGGGAAAACCAGCAUUCUCGCAACGUUCAGGCAUGCUGCUACAUACGUGCACUCUCUUUUUCUGACGGAGCACUACGUCGUGCUCUGUCUCUGGAACGCUCGCUUGCGUGCCGGAGGCAUGUCCCUGCUAUGGACACACAACUUUGUGGAUGCAUUGGCCGACUAUGAUCCUACACAACGCAGCACUUGGUUCGUGGUAGAUCGUACUCCUGGAGGGCGGGGAUUGAUCGCGCGCUACGAGUCCGAUCCCUUCUUCAGUUUCCACACUAUCAAUGCAUAUGAAGAGCCUUCCUCGACCGACCCCUCCAAGACAGAUAUCAUCGCCGAUGUUUGUGCAUACGACAGCUUAGACGUAUUAAAACGUUUUUACAUUGACAACUUACUGUCCAACUCCGCUACAGCCCACCAAUAUGGCGAUUCAAAGAGCCAGAGGGCUCGCGGCGCUUUCCAACGCUUCCGUCUGCCUGCCGUUCCCGAAGGAUCAAAUUCUAAAACCCUCACGGCGGAACUCGUCUUCUCGAUGGGAAAGGGACUAGGACCGGAACUGCCUCGUAUCAAUCCUCGGGUAGGCGGCCGCAAGUACCGCUACGUAUACGGCGUGACCGACUCGGGGAAAAGUGUCUUCCUGGACGGUCUAGUCAAACAUGACGUCGCCACGCAGACAUCUCUCUAUUGGAGUCAGCAUGGGCAGACGGCCAGUGAGCCGAUUUUUGUGGCCGAUCCGGAUUCAGAGGACGAGGAUGGUGGUGUACUUCUAUCCGUCGUGCUGGACGGCAUCGAAGGACGUAGUUAUCUGUUAGUUCUCGACGCAAAGACGAUGACAGAGGUCGGGAGGGCUACGGUAUAUGGUGUGGUUGGCUUCGGGUUUCAUGGUGUGCAUGUUCAGGACCCUUAGCUUGUUUUCCCUUGUCUGUUUUAUCUCUACUGUCUUGGAUCUUUUGGGCCUUGUAUACUUGAGGGUCUGCUGCUUUCUAUAGUUCUACCUUUUUUAUAUCAGCAUUGUCUCGAAGAUGAUACAGUAAGAGUGUAGCUUGAGUCUAUAUAGUCUAAAUACGAUCCUUGAGCCAAUGCAGACUAGCGAUGUAAUCACGUUGUUGAACAAACCACUGUCAUAGAAUUAUGUAGUCCUGAUCUCCGAAGAGCUGAACACAAGCGAGAUUUAUAUCACGACGUAUUGACCACUCGGGACGCGGUUCAUCGAUGACCAAAGCAUUCUCCAACAGCACAGACAUGAAUCUAAUGGAAAUCGCAAUUC